GCAUAUUAAGGGCGUUUUUGCCUACUCACUCAGUCCGCGACGUUUCCCACCCGUACGUUCUUAAAAGAUAACCUUGAAAGUGCCAAGGUAUUUAUCAAAAGGAGAAAGAAUAAUGUCAAGUACCCCUUCACUAGAGCCCAAAAAAAAGUCAAACUGCAUCUUGGAAUUUUGUUCGCAGCACAGAACACGGAUUGCAUUAAGUUCGUUUUACUUCUUCUACGAGACGUGUUUUAGCUUUAAAAUGUUCUUUAUGCCGGUCUACUGGCAGCAGCUUGGAUUGUCUCCGACUCAGAUUGGCAUCUUAAGAGCCGUUUGGGGUGUGGCAUAUUCCUCAGGCGGGGUCGUCUUUGGAAAAAUGGCAAGCAAGUGGAAAAUUCGACGUGCGUUGCUGAUUAUGAGCGUUCUAUCCACGGCUGUUACACCACUAGUGUCUUUAGUUCCAAGAAGAACUCACGAUAAGUGCUUGGUGGUAGUGGGAAAGAACCUGACUGAAAACAAGCGUCAUAUGAUCGCCUCUCAAGAGGGAAAAAACUCCUUCCAUCGUAGCGACGCGUUGAUCAAGUCUCGUGGAGUGGAAGAAAAACCUGACGUCCUUGAGCAUUUUAUCUCAAGACGUUCUCUACCACCGAUAACGAAACGGACUCCAAGGGAAGCACCUCUGAGUCGAGAUCAUGUCCUAAUCCUUGAAAAAAGUCCACAAGACAUCAACACCAUAUUUCUCAUUUUUGUGUUCAUUGUCUUUGUUGGAGAACUCCUCGCGUCACCUGCCUUUAGCUUGGCUAAUUCUGAAAGUGUGGACUACCUCGGUGAAAAUAGCCGCGAUUUUGGCAAGAUCCGACUUUGGGGCCCAAUUGGGCACAUGAUUGCUGCUCCCACCACGGCUCUAUUUGUUACCCAUUACCAUUAUAUGCUUUGUGGGGAGUACCAAGACAACUUUGCUUUUGUCUUCACUGUCAUUUUUAUCAUGGCUUUGACUUCGCUUGUUUCUGUAACACAAUUUGGAGAUCAGGCGAUUGAGCACAGCGACAACACCGAAGAAAAUGGCGACGGAAAGCCGUUGACUCUGUUAGAUUUCUUCUCUCGAUAUCAAAAUAUUGUCUUCAUCGUCAUGACGUUCUUGAUUGGCUGUUUCGAUGGAGUUGUGUUGACGUUUGGGUUUUGGUACACCAAGACCUUAGAUGUUACUAUCGCCACUUUGGUGUUUGGUUUCUCACGGAUGACUAGCUCUGCGGUCAGUGUGGUGUUCCUGGGCUUCACAGGCCUGUGCGUGAAAAAGACUGGUUACACUGGGGUCAUUGUGUUCUCCAUGAUGCUGUUUGUCACUUGGUUUGUGGGAAUGUCUCUAAUGAAGAACCCCUGGCUUAUGCUUCUUUUUGAGACUGUUGGCUACACCGCGUAUGUAACUGGCUUUACAGGCCUCAUCAGUUACUUUGGUGAAGUAACACCCACUUAUCUGAUGGAUACAGUGCAAGGAGGGGUGAACUCUUUGUUUCUUGGUGUGGGUUGUGGCGUAGGAACUGCCUUGUGUGGCUUUUUCAUUGAUGCAUUUGGUGCCAUAAAGGCAUUCCAGCUGUUUGCCUCAGGCGAAGCUGUACUUUUGGUUCUAUUUAUCAUCUCCCAAGCUACAUACUUUUGCCUCAAGAUGAACGAAAAGGAAGAAAAAAGAAAACUGCUGGAAUGACAGGAUAAUGCCCUUCCAUUUAUAUUGAAGAUUAAUUUUAAUUGGGUGUCUAAGUAAUCCAGGAUUGCAUCAGGUUUGCUCCUUAACUUGCUGUGACUGGUCCACAAUGCAAUCAGUUGACUGUGUAAUAAGUAAGUUACAACAUGAGUGGGUGAUUGUUUUAAUGUUAUGGAAUUAUUAGUGGUUGAAGUAUUUACUUUAAGAGUAACAGUGCUUUUUUUUUUUUUUUAAAUAAAAUUGGCUGUACACAGUUGCACAUCUUAAAUUUCACUAAAAGACGAAAAACCCAUAGUUCAAAAUGUGUUCUAAGGUACAUCAUUUUGUGAGAGAAAACAGAUAGCUUUGUAGCUAAACUAUAGAAUAUUGGGUCACUUUUAACCAUCCACGAAACAUAAUACAUACUUAGAUAGGGAUAAGAUCCAGCUGGGUGGUCCAAUAGGUUCAAGCACAGACUUUUCUCAGUGGCAUGUUGUAAGUUAAAUCUCUUAAGGCAAACUUUGAACCCUCUUUUUCCAAUUUCUCAUUUCAAUAGGACUAUCAUUAAAACUCAUCAUUUAAUUCAACUCCUAUUAAAUUAUAUCCUUGAACAAUAUUAACAACCUGCUGAUAUAAGGAAAAUACCAAAAACUAGCCAUACAGGAUAGGUACAUAGUUACUUAGAAAUAUUUCCUCCAAAAGUGAGUAAUAUUGAUUGGUAUCAUAAAAUAACGCUAUGGUAUUUCAGAAAUUAUGAACUAGUGGAUAGUAAUAGUCUUAGCUUGCCCUUCUGAUCGAGGUGGAGCUUCCCUCGCCACCCCUGUAGAAUUCUCCC